UUGGAAGUAAACAGGGCAGGCGCUGUGGCAGCUCUGCCUCUGCGUCCUCCUCGACACCGCGCUGCUCCCACCCGCCGCCGCUACCCCUAGGAUGGCUACUCCGGUCGGCGAGCACCCCGGAGCAGAGACGCCGGAGGGAUCAGCGCCGUUCUCCGCCGACUGGAAGGAGCGGAUCUUGGUGCCCGCCGCGGUCGCCGGUGUGGUCGGGGCUGGGUUCGGGCUGCUGUCGCGUCACCGGGCGCGCCUCGGCGCCGCCCGCGCCACCGCCACCUACGCCGCCAACCUCUUCAUUGUCGCUGGAUGCUACGGCGGGGCACGUGAACUUGCAAGAGAUGCUCGGGCUUCAACACCUGAUGAUCCCAUGAACUCUGUUGUUGGGGGGCUAGCAAGCGGAGCUGUUCUUGGUCGAAUACAAGGCGGACACUUUGGAGCAGUUAAGUACGCAGUCACCUUUGCAGCUGCUGGUACCGCAAUGGACUACGCCGCACUGAAGCUGAGCCCUCAAUGGCAUGCCCUGAAAGAACAAUUUUCUAGAGAUCAAGACUGGUUUAAGCUCCCUGAAUGGUCUCCUAUCCAGGUGCUGGAUGAGGAAGCAAUGGCGAAGAAACGGGCUCGAGAAGAGAAGUUGUUUGCUCAGCGGGCAUUCGGUAAACUUAGCAAGGAGGAGCCAUAGCUACACUAGAUAUGUGUAAGACUCGAUAAUUUUUGUCAAGGCGCCGUGUGUUACAUACACCACUAUAGUGCUAAAUUUGUCAGAAAUUGAGAUUUUAGACUUUAACCUUUUUCCUGUCCUUUGUAAAGAUUUUUCAUGGAAUGGGAGAAACUUUGAUGAUCAUUGCUGUACUGGAAAGGAAACCUGGCACCUUUUGGAGAUGAACUCUUUGUAUCACCAGUCAGAAUAUAAUUUAAAUGCAUUGUUUUUAUGUAAAAUA